AUGGCUGCUAACCAACUAAAAGAUCUUGCCGAGAGAUCCCGUAAAGUUGCAAAUGCCAUUAUAAAACAAGAUAUACCACCAAUUGAACGAAACUUGGAACAAAUUGAAAAACAAUCGCGUAAACUUGCAGAUAAAGUUAUAAAACCUGGAGAGGAGCCUGAAAGAAAAGCACCUUAUUUCUUAGCAAAUAUUGGAAUUGAUGGAGAUAGAUUAUCACAAGAAGUUAAAAGUAUAAACGUAUUGGGUGCUUUCGAGCCACGAGAACUUUUGCCAGAUACAGAUGUUGAGAAAUUUAUUGAACAUAAACAUCAACAAACGAUCUCUAGUAUUAUCAAAGAUGGUCAUACACAGACCAUAAACGAUUAUAACUCCUAUUUCGAUCGAUGUCUUAUCCACGAUUGGGAUAGGACCAAAAGAAGAGUGUUUGAAGAACUCGGUCAGCAUAUUCCGACUAGUACUUCUAGUGAUUCUGAUUUAUUUUCUACACCAGGAAGUAGUCGUUCUAGAUUUCAAACUCCAUUAAGAGGGACAACUACCUCAGGAAGUUUUAUUGGAUCUUCAACUCCGAGAUCAUCUUACGUAACUGCGGGAGAAAGAAAAGUAACAUUUAGAAGUGAAUCAACUUUACCUUUAAAUCAGAGACAUCUGGUUUAUUUUGAUGUUGUAUCUAAAUUGAACCAUUAUAGGUUAUCAAAGUUGGAGUAUGGUGUUAUAAAUGAAUUUACAAAUGCCGCAAAAAAAAUAAAUGUUGAAUAUGUGAAGAAAUUAGUUCAAUGUUGGCAGAGUCUAGUGUCCAUUAUUGGUGAAAACAAUGUUAUAGAAGGACGUUUUACCCGUAAUCCUUUGAAAGAGCGUCAUUAUGCUAGAGCAUAUAUGGCACCUGUUUCAAGUCCGGAAAAUAAAGAGCUCUACAAGACUUUAUUAAACGGGGCCAAACGUUAUUUGGAAGAAUCAUAUCGUAGUUAUUCAUCAGAUUAUGUAAAUUCGUUCCGUAAUGAAGCUUUAUUAGGCGGCCAGCCUUCUGUUAGUAAUACGGCUCGUGCUAUUUUACGUGCUAUCCACAGGCCUAAUGGAGGAAUUCCAAUAGAUAACUUACAGAUGGCAGAUAAUAUUCCAAUAUGGGGUCAUAUUUAUAUUCUGCUUCGUCAAGGUCACUACCAGGACGCUUUACAAGUUGCGCAGAGUUAUAAGAAUAAUUUUUCAAAACAAGAUCAGACAUUUAUCACAUACUUUACGAAAUUUAUAACCAAUAAUAAUAGUCUUCCUUUAGAUGACCGACAGAAAUUGGUGACAGAAAUUAAACAAUGGCCGCCUCUUCCUCAGUUAUAUGACCCUUAUAAAUGCUUAUUAUAUCAAAUUGUUGCUCAGAUGGAAGAAUUACCCCAAAAGCCACAAACAGGAAACAUCAGUCCUACAUUCGAAGAUUUUAUGUGGCAACAUCUAAUGUGUGUCCGCGAAAUAAAUAUUGAGAGUGAACCGGUUUCGGGUAUCCUUUCACUUGAAAGAUUUCAAAAAAAGGUUCGGGACCUAGGCCCUGCUCAUUUCAAUCAUAAUGGAAAAGACCCUAUACAAUAUUUCCGUGUUUUAUUGUUAACUCUUCAGUUUGAAAGGGCGAUAUUUUACCUGUUUCAUGAGUAUACCGAGGAUGCUGUACAUUUUGCUAUAGCACUUGCAUAUUACGGACUGCUUAGAGUACCAGAUUCUGCAGAAGCAAUGGCAUUAAUUGUUGAUGAAGAAGAAUCCCGUCCAAAGCUUAAUUUCAACACAAUCAUAUAUCAAUAUGUUCGUAUGUUAGCCAAUGAUAACGCCCCCAACACAGCAUUUCAAUACCUUAUUUUACUUUAUUUGUAUGGAAGACGCGAUUCGGACAGCGGUCUACAUCAGAUUGAGAUGUGUCAUUAUUAUGUUAGACAACUUGUAUAUGACACCGAAGCUUUCGCAGAACUAGUUGGAGACGUUCGUAACAGGGAGGGUCAGAUAAAAAAAUAUAUGUCUUUAAUGUAUAUUGAUAAUGAAAAAGAGUUCAACGAGAUUAUAGUUAGCGCUCUUGCCCGCCAGUGUGUUGAAGACGGAAAAUUUAAAGCAGCUCAAAGUCUUUAUGAAUUAACUGAGAGCUACGAGGAAAUUAUCUUAUUACUUAAUAAGAUGCUUGCAGAGUACAUAUGGGUUUCCGUCCGAGGUGUAACAAUGCAGCCCGAAACAGCACAAGAAUUUAACCCUCAGGAAAUUAAAAAAGUAUUACAUGAAUAUAAAACAAAUCAAAUCACAAUGAGUUUACCAGUUGACCGUAUACAGACGUGUGAAAAACUACUCGGCCUGGUUGAUUUUAUAGAAAUGUACAAAAUGCAGAAUUACGAGAAUGCUCUUAAUGCUGCUGCAAUAGAAGUGUUCGAUGAUCAAUUGAAGAAAUGUCUGGAAGAGCUUUUGCUUAUCACAAUGCGUUGUUUGCAUUCGCGUUACCAACAAUUAAAAGAUCAAACAUCGCGUUGGUCUCCGGGUCCUUCCAAUAAAUAUAUGGAAGAUACGAGCGUCCUUAGUGAAAAGGCUAAAAAUUUGGUCACAUUCGCGGGAUAUAUAAAACAUAGUGUACUGUCAACCGAUAUUUUUCAAAAAUUGAACGAGUUAGAAGUUUCAAUGAGAUGA